GGAGUGCGCGGCCCGACCGCGGUGGUCGGCCAUAUUGGAUGCCGCAGCCGCCGCGGUCAGCGCUUCCUCCUGUGUCUUCGCUGUGCGCUGCAGGUUCCCGCGGGCCUAGGCGGCGGGGAGGUGAACGCGCCGGCCGCCGCCUCUUCCUUCGCCGGCCCGCGGGGCCUCUCUGCGCAGACAACAUGGAGGCCGUGAAGACCUUCAACAGCGAGGAUUGUGCCUCUUCUCCUGCUUGUACAGACUGCUGUUCCAGCAGCAUGGACACAAGAAGCAUACUGUAUUCACUGAACGACUAUAAACCACCCAUUUCCAAAGCAAAAAUGACCCAGAUUACAAAGGCAGCCAUCAAAGCUAUUAAGUUCUAUAAACAUGUGGUACAGAGUGUUGAGAAAUUCAUUCAGAAAUGUAAACCAGAAUACAAGGUACCUGGACUGUAUGUUAUUGACUCCAUUGUGCGACAAUCCCGGCAUCAGUUCGGUCAAGAAAAGGAUGUGUUUGCACCCAGAUUUAGUAAUAACAUCAUUAGCACUUUCCAGAAUUUAUAUCGUUGCCCUGGGGAUGACAAGAGUAAAAUAGUGAGAGUAUUAAACUUAUGGCAGAAGAAUAAUGUGUUUAAGAGUGAGAUUAUCCAGCCUCUUCUGGAUAUGGCAGCAGGGAUUCCUCCCCCAGUUGUCACCCCUGUUUUGGCCAGCACUACUGCAGCUAUGAGCAAUACUCCAGGAACACCGGUGACGCCUGUUACUCCAGCCAAUGUGGUCCAAGGCUUACCUGAUCCAUGGGUCUCUCAGAUAACAAACACAGACACACUGGCAGCUGUUGCUCAAAUCUUACAGAGUCCUCAAGGUCAACAGCUUCAGCAGCUAAUACAAACCUUGCAGAUACAACAGCAGAAGCCCCAACCCUCCAUCCUGCAGGCCUUGGAUGCUGGUCUUGUGGUUCAAUUACAGGCACUCACAGCACAGCUCACAGCCGCAGCUGCAGCAGCCAGCACACUCACUCCCGUGGACCAAGGAGUCUCUUUCAACAAGAAGUUGAUGGAUAGAUUUGAUUUUGGGGAAGAUUCUGAGCAUAGUGAAGAAUCCAAAAAGGAAAUCCCUACUCCUCAACUCUCUCACGUUUCUGAGUCCGUGAACAACUCCAUCUUCCAUCAGAUAGCGGAGCAGCUGCAGCAGCAGAACUUGGAGCAGCUGCGGCAGCAGCUCCUGGAGCAGCAGCCUCAGAAGGCAACUCCUCAAGAUAGCCAGGAGGGAACAUUUGGAUCUGAGCACUCAGCUUCACCUUCUCAAGGAAGCAGCCAGCAGCAUUUCCUGGAACCUGAAGCAAACUUAGAUGAUUCCAUAGACAUUCAGCAACAGGAUAUGGAUAUUGAUGAAGGACAGGAUGUUGUUGAAGAGGAGAUCUUUGAGCCUGAAGCUAAGAAAGUAGCUGUUCGCUCAAGAUCAAGAACUCAUUCACGAUCUCGAUCAAGGUCACCAAGAAAACGAAGGUCUAGGUCACGAUCUGGGUCUCGAAAGCGAAAGCACAGGAAGCGAUCCCGCUCCCGCUCCAGAGAAAGGAAGAGAAAAUCAUCACGUUCAUAUUCAAGUGAAAGAAGAGCCAGAGAGAGGGAGAAAGAACGCCAGAAAAAGGGAUUGCCUCCCGUCAGAUCGAAAACUCUAAGUGUAUGCAGUACUACUCUCUGGGUUGGCCAAGUAGAUAAGAAGGCUACACAGCAAGAUUUAACCAACCUUUUUGAGGAGUUUGGACAAAUUGAAUCCAUUAAUAUGAUUCCACCCAGGGGCUGUGCUUAUGUCUGUAUGGUCCAUCGACAAGACUCAUUCCGGGCUCUUCAGAAACUGAGUUCAGGAUCCUAUAAAAUUGGUUCCAAGGUCAUUAAGAUUGCCUGGGCUUUGAACAAAGGUGUAAAGACAGAAUACAAGCAGUUCUGGGAUGUGGAUCUUGGAGUCACAUAUAUACCCUGGGAAAAAGUUAAAGUGGAUGACUUGGAUGGCUUUGCAGAAGGAGGCAUGAUCGACCAGGAGACUGUAAAUGCUGAAUGGGAAACUGUGAAAACCUCAGAACCCGUGAAAGAGACAGUCCAGACAACACAGAGUCCAGCUCCUGUUGAAAAGGAGACAGUGGUCACAACACAGGCAGAAGUCUUUCCUCCGCCUGUCGCCAUGCUGCAGAUUCCAGUAGCACCAGCGGUUCCUGCAGUUAGUUUAGUUCCACCAGCAUUUCCUGUGUCGAUGCCGGUCCCCCCUCCUGGAUUCAGCCCAAUCCCUCCACCUCCGUUUCUACGAGCAAGUUUUAACCCUUCACAGCCACCUCCUGGUUUUAUGCCACCUCCAGUUCCCCCGCCUGUGGUCCCUCCCCCUGCGAUACCACCAGUAGUACCAACAUCUUUAGUGCAACCACCAUUGUCCAUGACCCCAGAAACUGUGAAAGAUGUUGGAUUUGGUAGCCUUGUUUUACCAGGUGGUUCUGUUGCCAGCAGUCUUGCUCCUUCAACUCUACCAGCAGGAAAUGUUUUUAAUCCUCCCAGUAAAGCAGAGCCUGAAGAAAAAGUACCUCACCUUACAGAGCACCAGAUUCCUUCUGGUGAGAAUACCAGACCAGUGAUUCCAAAUGAUAUUCCAAGUAGUGCUGCAAUGUUAGCACAGCCACCUGGGCCCUCAAGCACCUCUGGGAUCCUGUGCGUGCAGAGACCAAAUGUAUCAAGUAAUUCUGAAAUACUUGGGGUUCGGCCAGCUAAUGUUUCCAGCAGUGCUGCGAUGAUGGGAGCCCAGCCACCAAAUAUUCUAAAUAACUCUGGAAUUUUGGGCAUACAGCCACCAAAUGUGUCCAGCGGUUCCGGACUUCUUGGAGUCCUGCCUCCAAACAUGCCUAACAACUCUGGACUUGUAGGACUACAGCCACCAAAUGUUUCAAAUCCUGCUGGACUUUUGGGAACACAGCCACCGAUUGGACCUCAAAACUUACCGCCCUUAACUAUCCCUGCUCAAAGAAUGCCUGCAUUGCCAAUGUUAGACAUUCGUCCAGGACUGAUACCACAGGCUCCUGGACCAAGAUUCCCUUUACUACAGCCUGGAAUUCCCCCACAACGGGGCAUCCCUCCUCCAUCGGUACUUGAUGCAGCUCUUCAUCCACCACCCCGUGGACCUUUUCCUCCCGGAGAUCUUUUCAGUCAGCCAGAAAGACCUUUUCUGGCUCCUGGAAGACCAAGUAUAGACAAUGUUCCCAACCCAGAUAAAAGAAUACCACUUGGGAAUGACAAUAUUCAGCAGGAAGGGGAUAGAGAUUACCGAUUUCCUCCUCUAGAGGCCAGGGAGGGCAUUACUAGGCCUCCUCCGAUGGAUGUUAGGGAUGUGGUUGGGCGACCUAUAGAUCCCAGAGAAGGCCCUGGAAGGCCUCCGUUAGAUGGUAGGGAUCAUUUUGGAAGACCACCUGUGGACAUGAGAGAGAAUCUUGUGAGGCCAGGUCUAGAUCAUCUUGGUCGACGAGACCACUUUGGCUUUCCCCCAGAGAAGCCUUGGGGGCAUAGAGAUUUUGAUGAGAGAGAGCAUCGAGUUCUGCCUGUCUUUGGUGGUCCAAAAGGCUUACAUGAAGAAAGAGGUAGAUUUCGGGCUGGAAAUUACCGAUUUGAUCCUAGAAGUGGUCCUUGGAACAGAGGAUUUGGGCAGGAAGUUCACAGAGAUUUUGAUGACCGCAGAAGACCCUGGGAGAGGCAGAGGGAUAGGGAUGACAGAGAUUUUGAUUUCUGCAGAGAAAUUAAUGGAAGUCGUCUUGGACGAGAUAGAAUUCAAAACACUUGGGUUCCCCCUCCUCAUGCUCGGGUUUUUGAUUAUUUCGAAGGGGCCACUUCUCAACGAAAAGGUGAUAAUGUGCCUCAAGUUAAUGGUGAAACUACAGAGAGACAUGCUCAGCCACCGCCUUUACCAGUACAGAAGGAGACUGAACUCUAUGAGAAACUGGCAUCUUCAGGUGACGUAGACAAGGAGGAGAGUGGCACAGCUGCUGGUGUAGAAAGUGGAGCGGUGGUAGAGAGCACAGAGACUGAGGGGACAUAACGUCGCUCAGUAGGUAAAAGAAACCUUUCGUACAGUUGUCAUCUCUGUAAGAGGUUAAUGGCUGACUGCACCACAGCUGUUCACGUUUAUCUGAUGUUCAUGUUCCCCUUUCUCUUAAAAUAACUGUACAACUGACUUGUAUAGACAUUGUUCUUAAUAUGAACAUGGUAGGUAAACAUUUUUUAUUUUUCUGAUAAAGUAUAAAUGUUGCCCCAGAUUCUUUAACGUCAAGGAGAUGCUAACAGCUUGUCGGAGACUUCCUAUGGAAGAGAAGGGUUUUAGACACUGUCAUUGGGUUGGGUAUGGCAAUGAUGACGUAUUUCAGAACAGCAAGGUGUGGCACAUCUUCAUAUCGCUAGGCUGCUGCAGGAUUUUAAAGUGACAGACAAAGCUGUGACAUUUUAUGCAAGGACUGCUCUAGAUUCUUGAGGAGCAUAAUACAGAGAUUUUAAAAAGUGAUUUUGUAAAAAUCUCCACUAUGGUCUCUGUUCCUCCAAAGUAAGUGUGUGUGAUUUGUUCCUCAUACUGCAGUAAGUAAAAAAGGAAAAAAAAAAAGCAAACAACGUUUCAAUGUUGGGUGAAUUUUGUUUUUAGAUGCCAAUAAAACUUAUUUGUUUGAUAACAGUGUUCUAGGAAUUGUAUUUUUUUAACCUACAAAUUCUUAAAAACUGAACUGUUAGCAGCAUGCGCUUAGCUGUGGAAGUUACCCGUUACCCUUUAACAACAAGGAAGAGUUGUGUGGUGAUAAAAGCCUGUACUUUGACCUAACUAUACAGACUCAUUAAUAUGUACGCAGUAUCUAUGUGUAUUUAUUGUGCAAGACAUGUAGUUUCUCUGCAUGUCUGUCUCUAUGCUCAUACAGAGGAAAAGAAUGUUUUUUAAAGUUGAAUGAGAUACUCUUUAAAACUUGAGAGAAAAUUGGAAACAUUGAGUAAAUUAACAUUUAAAUCUUGAUUAAUGUAAAGUAAAAAAUUAGAGCUAUAUUGGCUGAGAGACAGUUCUGCAGUGCUUUAAUACAGCUAAACACGAAGCCAAAUGCAUGUAUUUUACAUUGAGUGCUUCCAGUUUUUCACACUAUUUGCUGUUCUGUGUAGAUGAUACUGUCAUUAAGAAGCUUAGUUCAUGUGCCUGCCAUGAGUUUCUUAAUUACACAAAAUGUGAUCUGAUAUGGGUAGCUUAAGCGAUUUUAGUGUAGCAGAAACAAAGCCUCCAUCAGUGUUCUAUAGGCUCCGGGUGACAGUGUUUAGACUGGGCUCUAUGAUAGAAAGGG